AUGGCCACCGCUCAAACACACAUCAACGACAACAUGGCGUUGGAGAGGUACGAGUAUAAGCCUCUCCCCACCGAAGAGAUCCAUAUCCGCCUCGUCCUUCUCCAUACUGUCACGGAAGAGCAGGGCCAGCCCAUGACGUGCGAGAUCACCUCACAUCCUUUAUCGCAAUGUCGAGCCUACAACGCUGUCUCGUAUGUCUGGGGCCACCCCCUCGACCAAGGGCAAGUCAUGUGUGAGGGAAAAUUCAUCAACGUUCCCGCCAACCUCUACCAGUUUCUUCUUUUAUGCCGGACCAAAACUAUCGAGAAGCCGUUCUGGAUCGACUCGAUCUGCAUUGACCAAGGGAACGACGAGGAAAGGGGAAACCAAGUUGCCGAGAUGCGCCAUAUCUAUGCUCAGUCGAGCAAAACUUUGGUGUGGCUGGGAAAAGAAGCAGACCAGAGCUCAAUGGCUCUGAAGUUUAUCCGGACCUUAUCCUCUGCCCUGAGUGAUCUUGACCCGGAAGCGAAGACACGGAGAUCCCUCUGGUUUCGGUCUCGCAGGUAUUUGGCGCUAGCUGUCUUCAGCCAAAAUUGGUCUGCAUUUUUCAAGCUCCUAGACCGGGAUUGGUUCCGACGCGCGUGGAUAGUCCAGGAAAUCGCACUGUCGAAGAACACCUGGAUCUUUUGCGGUCGAUCGCGGAUUGCGUGGUCUGAGCUACAGCGAGCGCUCUGGUAUAUCAUCCAGCAUCAAACAUGGAUCUUUGAGUUCUAUGUGAGUCCGAACCUUGAGGUGCUGCUUGCACUGCAGCACACUCAGCACGAAACGGCGAACGGUGUCAAGAGGGUCUACUGGCAAGUUCUGACAAGACAUCGGCGAGCAUUGGCUUCUGACCCGAGAGAUGACAUUUUCGCUUAUUACGGCCUGUCUUCUUAUGAGAGUUUUAAGGAGCACUCUAUAUUGCCGAAUUAUCUAAAUGGUACCAGGGAACUGUAUAUCGACGCCGCCAGCAACGCCAUGGAAAUGGCAACAAACCUGGAUUUUCUGAGUAUCCCGAGGUUGCGAAAGAAUGAGGGCAUUGAUCUCAAACUUCCAUCAUGGGUGCCAGACUGGCGCGCCUCUGAGGAAUUCUGUAGCUCCUUGCUGUACUUCGAGGCCUUGCACGUUGCCGAAGGGAGUGGUGUCAGACUCCUAUUUUCCGCAACCAACAACUCGAUAUGCAGGCCAACUGUCCACAAGGAGCUCGGCCAGCUCGAACUUUCAGGCUACAUCGUCGACCGGCUAGAAAGAAUAAGCAGUCACUGGGAAGUGCAGGAUACGAACGGCUACCAAACCCUCCGCAAGCAGGCCCAAGUCCUGCGGCGAAAUCAAGCAUACGUGCACGAGUGGGCAUCCGCGGUCGGCGUGCGCUUCCCUCCAGACGCAGGCUCCACGUACCCAACGGGCGAGCCCUUUGAAGAAGCCCUCUGGCAGACCCUCACCGGAGGCCUCGCGACGGAGAGAGAGGAUGCCAUCCGACCCCUCUACUAUCGUUUCCGCUCGCGCCAGCGCCUCCUCGUCUACAUCCAGCGCCUCGGCCUGUCCGGCGCCCUGUGGCCGUGGAUCAUCAUCGUCAUCAUCGGCCACGUUCUCCGCUUCGUCGGGGUCCCGAACCCGGAGAUGGGCUUCCGGGCCUUGCUGGCGACGAUGGUCAACCGCAGGAUGGCGAGGACGCGCGCGGGGUACCUGGGUCUGGUUCCGCGGCUGGCCGAGGUCGGCGACUACGUGGUGCUGUUGGAGGGGGGGAAACUGCCGUUUGUGAUUCGGGGCCGGGGAGGCGGGGGAGGCGGGUAUGAGUUUGUUGGCGAUGCGUACGUGCAUGGGAUCUCGAGGGGGGAGAUGUGGGUGGAGCCGGGUGAGGGCGGGAGCGGGGGGCAGGAUAGGUGCUCGUCUUUUCGAUUGUGCUGA